AAAGCCGAUGCAGUGUGAUGCAGUGGAUUUGCUGGGCGAUGGCAAGCUGCUCAAGAAGGUCCUGCAGGAGGGCCAUGGAGACGUUCCAAAGGUUGGAGAUCGCGUGACGGUACAUUAUGUUUGCCGCCUUGAUGAUGAAACCGUUGUGGACGAUUCAAGAAGUCGAGGAGAGCCAAUGUGUUUCGCUCUCGGACAAGGUGACGUGAUAGCUGGGUGGGAAUCGGCGCUUCCGUCAAUGCGCUGUGGCGAGCUGGCGAUGCUGAUUGUUCACCCAGACAUGUCAUAUGGUGAAGCUGAACUUGCGGCUGUUCCAAUGCGAAGCUGCUUACACUUUGAGCUUGAGCUGCUCCACGUUUUGCCAGCAGCUGAUGCGCCCAGCAUGUUCGUGAAAGAAGACAUGUCCGUUGAGGAGCGGCUGGUCGAAGCAACCAAGUCCAAGGAACUGGGCAAUGCUCGUUUCAAGGUUGGAAGCUUCAAAGAUGCCAUUUGUGCAUAUCUGGAUGCCAUCUAUUUUCUGGGCUACGAGGCAGAUUGCGACCAAAGAGCUGAAGAUGGACUUUGGUCAGAUCCAGUUCGUGCCGAGGAGAGAAAAGCGUUAGCCUUGGCAUCUCAGUUGAACCUUUGCCAGUCCUUGCUGAAGUUGGAGGACCACGAAGCUGCGCUGCAACAUGCGGAGGCGGCUGUGGCACUCCAACCUGACAAUUCGAAGGCCUUGUAUCGUCGAGGCUUGGCCUCGAUGGGCUGUGGACAUUUCACGAAGGCGAAGUCUGAUCUGUUGGCCGCGGCUAAGAAAGAGCCCAGGAGCACGGAAAUUCGGCGAAGCCUCGAGGAGUGUCAACAAAGAAUUGCCAACGAGAAAAGUGCUACCAAAGAUGCAUAUGGUGGCUUUCUGUCGCGGUCUGACUAGGAAAACCUGAGAGGAUACUGAGCAGCUUCAAAUUUGAGCGGAGCUGAGAAAA